CUCAGCACCAACAGCACCUCCCAGCACUGGCACACCCAGCCACGCCACCGCCUCCUCAACCAGCUCCAGCACUACAUCCACCGCCUCGAGCACUGCCGUCCCGACAGCGCACGCCUCUUCAAAGGACCCCGCAACCCCCUCACCACCAUCAACAAGUACUUCAGCGACAUCCACCUCUUCCUCCAUGCCCACAACCACAGCGCCUGCGCCUGGGAACACGUCCGCCUCGAAGCUCAACCCUCUUUCCACCACCUCCACAACCUCACCCGCGCCAUGCGCCGACAGCCCAAACACACACACACAGCUCCACCCACCCCCACAACGCCCCUCUAA